AUGGUCGUUGAACGAUGUGUGGCAACCGUUCUAGUCAACGUCUAUGAAAGAAGAUUUCAGUCACUAGGCAUCCUUGUUGCAGUUAUAGCGCUGUUUAUUUCAUUGGUGGAGACUUGUGGCGGAUACAAGGAUGUAGUUGGAAAUCAGCUCAUGACCAACAGUUUCAUCCAUCCAGGAUGCAAGCAAACCAGCGCCGCCAUUGAAGACUUUUAA